UACCGACCCAUCGGUACCACGCCUACACUCUCCACCGAAACCCCCUCGAUCGUUCCAAAUUCACUAACAAUGUUAUUGAACCGGGAAACAUUGUAGCUAGUAAGCGAAUGUCGCAACUGCAGACACAUCCGCUUAGAAGCUACAUCAGCAAGAAUACUAUGUCAAGCAUUGGACAGUUGGCCGGCUGCAAAAUUAUAAUGUAAACAAACUGAGCUAGCUAAGAUAUAUAUAAGACAAAGACAUUUUUCAGAACGCAGUCUCAAUUCACUCUUUAUACAACGUUGCUAACGAACGGACGUGUACUGUCCAGAUAUAUUUUGUAUAAUUAAAAAUAUAAAUAUCACAAACGAAAUAAAGUGCUGUAUUUACUGAAGAACACAAAUGGAAAUUUGACUAGAGAAGCGAUACAUCAUCGACGUCACCUGGGCCACGAUUGACUGAACCAAGAGGACUCCCACUCUGAUGGUGACUGGCGCAGCCGGAAAACGGAAUGAACUUACACAAGAUUAUAUUUAAGAUUAUGCAAUUCGUGCUAGUUUCGGCACAAUUCAUAUCGAUCCAAGAUAUUAAUGAGUCCACUAAUCCCAUCGCCAAAAUAGAACUAGGAGAAUGCUUAAUAAUCCAAACUUAUAAAAAUAUUAAACAUAUAAUAGAUCUACAGGAAUAUGAAAGCUGUGUAGAACAAUUUAGUAGUACACUAAAUUUGAUACAGCAAGAUGAAACGCUCAUUGAUGCAGCUUAUAUCCUAGAGGGUAAGAUAGCCCAAUUGCGGGAAAAGAUAGAAAUACUAACACCCUCGGGAAAACAAAAACGGGGUUUAGUGAACGGAUUAGGAAGUAUCGUAAAAUCAAUAACCGGUAAUAUGGACGCCAAUGAUGGCCAAGAGAUAGAAGAAAAAAUAGACACAUUAAAAGAAAAAGAAAGAAACUUAACAAAUGCGCUACUAGAUCAAGAAGCAUUUAACAAUGAGAUACAAAUAAGAUUCCAAGAUGUAGCAAAAAGCAUUAACCAAGAGCAAGCUAUGAUAAGUCGAUUUUAG